UCUGCGUCCUCUUGGCACGGGAGCGUCUGGCCUUGUCCUCUCUGCGGUGGACAGGCGCAGCGGCCUGCGUGUGGCGGUCAAGAAGCUGGUCAUGCGAGAUGCCGUCAGCGUAAAACACGCUCUGAGAGAGGUGAAGAUCACCCGCCGCCUGCAGCAUGAGAACAUCAUCCGGGUGUAUGACUUGUUGGGGCCGUCCGGUCACCCUUUACCACGUGACCUGACCCAUGUGUCAGCAAUAUACAUUGUGCAAGAGUGUAUGAAAACUGACCUGGCACGGUUACUGGAGCAAGGGCCGUUGCCAGCCGAACACGCCACCCUGCUCUUUUAUCAGCUGCUUCGCGGGCUCAAGUUCAUCCACUCGGCCAACGUGCUGCACCGUGACCUCAAGCCAGCGAACAUCUUUAUCAACACUGAGCAAAUGCUGCUGAAGAUUGGAGACUUCGGUCUGGCUCGCAUUGUCGACCCACAUUACUCACACAAGGUAAGAGUCACAGCAGCAGGGCAGGUGUCACUGCGGCACGUACAGCUUCACUCACAAGGAGGAAUAGCACGCAUAUAAAUAGGUACAGAAAUAAUACAGUUGUUCCUAAUAGAAGUAUACAUUCCAAC